AUGCAUUCGAUUGGAAACCCUACCUGGGCCUCAGAGCAUACUGGAUCAAGACAGACUCAAACAGCAUCCGGGGAAAAGCUUCUCGUCAGCCCCCUUUGCUGGACCCAUCGCCAUCUCGAGCUCUUGAACUGCGCCUUUGUCACGCUCGACGCGGAGGAGAGCUCCGACGCCCAACCCAUCUCGAGCCACGACGAGCUCGAGAUCGCCCGCUUCCAGCAUCUCCUCGCGUGCGACAACUUUCGUUUGCGGCAGGAGGCCAUCACCUCGUUGCUUUCGAUUCAAUCGAGCCCCCGUCGCUUCCUUUUCGUGCCCGACCUACUCCGCCGUGUUCCCCGCGGCCCCUACGAACCGGUCGCCUUAUUUUUCGAUCAAGAAUUCCUCCGCAGCCUCCGGUGGAACGCUCUUCGCCCCCGCGACGCCGCCGAUGGGACCGUCAACGAACCAGCCUUUCACAUCGCCGAGAAGAGAUUGAGGACCAUGACACCGCGUAACUCGUCCGAAGAUCCGUUUAUCCUGGCCGCGCUGGUGGCCAUGGCCCAAAGCGGUCCGUAG